AUGACAAACACACAACUGAAUAACAGCAAGCAAAGAAAGCAAUUCUCAUGUACUAGGUUGCAUACCUUGCCUCUUCCUAUGGGGAAGGAUAGGUCAGAGGAAUCUUCCCAGCAGAUGACCAUAGACUUUUGGGAGAGCUAUGACCCAGAUGUGGUUUGCAAUUUAGGAUUUGCUUUAAUUGCAUCUGAACCAUUCCCAGUACGAGCAGUUUGUUUUCUUUGUGGAAGUGCUGGUCAAGAACAACUUAUUCACUGUGCCUCAUGUUGCGAGCCAUACCACAGAUUCUGCCUGGAAGACGGCCUUCGUGAUCCAAACAUAAAAGCGUUUGGUGGCACCUCACUGUCAAACUGGGUGUGUCAACGCUGCACGGUGUGUUCUGUGUGUGGUAAUGGGAAAGGACAGCAGCUCAGCUGUCAGUGUUGUCAUCGCACUUACCAUACAGAUUGCCUGAGUGGUCGACGACUCCACAGUGCCAAUAGGCCAUGGGUAUGUUCAUCAUGUCUCCGAUGCAAGAGCUGUGGUACUGAAAAUGUGACUAAUUUUGUGGGUAACAUUCCACUCUGUAAAGCAUGCUUUAAACUGCGACAGAAAGGGAACUAUUGCCCUUUGUGCCAGCGUUGUUAUGAAGAUCAUGAUUAUGAUACCAAGAUGAUGGAGUGUGUGAAAUGCAAUUGCUGGGUCCAUUCAAGAUGUGAAGGACUUUCAGAUGAAAAAUAUCAUAUACUCAGCUACCUUCCAGAUACUGUAGAGUUUAUCUGCAGGAAGUGUUGUGAGAAGCCUCCUGCUCCAUGGUGGUAUGCUGUUGAAGAAGAGAUGAAAGCAGGAUACCUAACUGUGCUGAAGUUACUGAGCAAAAAUCGUAAAGCUUAUUCAAUGCUCAGAUGCAGUCCAAAGAAACACUGUGAAUACCAUCCCAAUUUAAUAGAUGGUGAUAACAUAAAUACACAUUCGGAUCCCACUGCCAUUGGAAAUAUGUGCUUGGGUGAAAAGACUGACUCAAAUUGUGAAGACAACAAAUUUCUCAGUAUUACAGAUCUGCAUGUUGAAAAUGUGGAAGUAAAAAUGACGUAUGAAGUUGAUGAUGACAACAAUGAAUUUUUGGCAGAUUCAAAACGUGAUAAUAUCUGUGCCAGAGAUCAGAGAUUGUCAAAUCGUGAAUAUAAUUUGCAUAAUAGCUGUUCAGAAGAAAAAUGUUUUCCUCACUCCCAAGGGCAAACUGUUGUACCAUACCUGUCAGGAAACUCUCUUAGACUUUGGCGAGAGAAGUAUAACUUAAAAGAAUGUUCUGUUCGCGUAAAGGACUGUGUUUCCAAGUACUUGCAAAAUUCACUUUUCCCAGUUAAAAUUGAUGUUCAGUGUGCUGAAUUAUCUGAUACAUCUGCUUUCGAUACUACUAAAUCGCCUUCCAAAGUGCAUCAGGUUUCACUUGCGACACCUACAAGUGAUUCUGGCAUUAGCAGCACUGAUGAAGAAUUGAAAAUUUUGGGGGGAAAUGAUGCAGAGGAGCUGAAGGAACAUGCAUUAUCAUGUUUGGGUUUUGUAGCUUCCAGCCGUUUGCUGUCAUUAGAACAGUGUAGCAGCAGCAGCAGAAGCUUUGAAAAUUUUACUGAGGCCAGUUCCAAGAAAUUGUGCAGUGACGAUGUACCAAAGGAUGAGUUCCUCGAAUGCAACUGUUUGGAAAAUUUGAAACACAAGUCAUCCUUAACAUUUCUGUCUGUAAAAAAUAAAGUAAAUUCCAGUGAGUACACAUCAGUUCUGCAGUUUCAUCAGGAAAUGGAAGACAUCCUAAAUAAAUCUCACUGCUCUGAUUUACUUCAGCUAUAUUAUCAUAAUAUGCAGGAAGUUUUCCCAUGGUUUAACCCUAAAUUUGCACGUGUUUCAAAUAAUCCUGUUUCUGAACGUAACUCACAACCAAGUAAGAGGAGAAGAAUCAUUUCAGAAAAAUCUGGCAGUGAUGAUCAUAAUAGUUCAAUGGAAGUGUCAAUAUUGGAUGAUUCUUUUCAUGCUGUUCCUGAUAAAAUGUUAGGGAAAUCCUUGGAUGAUUUCUACAGCGGGUAUUCUGUCCAGGAUAAUAGAGUUUGUGUCCUUUGUAAAGGUGUUGGUGAUGGGUUGCCCGCUGAAGAAGGCAGACUUUUGUACUGUGGACAGAAUGAAUGGGCACACACAAACUGUGCUCUGUGGUCAGCAGAAGUGUUUGAGGAAAUUGAUGGAUCGCUACAGAAUGUUCACAGUGCAAUGUCUCGAGGCCGUCAGAUACGAUGUGAUCAUUGUGGAAAAAGAGGUGCAAGUGUAGGAUGUUGCACACGAAAUUGUCCAGAAACCUUCCAUUUCCCCUGUGCGAGGAAAGUGAAUUGCACUUUUAUGGAUGACAAAAAUGUUUUCUGCCCAUCGCAUGCAAAAGGUGCCACUGGUAAAGUUCUGCACAAUGAAUCAGAUUUUGAAAUAUGCCGCCCAAUUUAUGUGGAACUAGACCGUAAAAAGAAGAAGUUUGCUGAACCUAAAAAGGUUAGGUUAAUGAUUGGUUCGCUUUCAGUUGAAAAUAUAGGAGAAUUUGUUAGUGAAGUUUCUGAUACUCCAGAGGCUAUUAUACCAAAUGGGUUUUCAUGUACAAGAUUAUUUUGGUCUUCAAUAGAACCUUGGAGAAUAGUUCGAUAUCACAUUAAAACUGUGCUAUGUAAUAAAAACGAAUUUCAGUCUCCCGACUGUGGAAAAAACAUGACAGUAGAUCAUAGUCAAGAAAGGCAUGUAGUCGAGGAAAAACUAAAUGAAAUUUCCAAAUGGAGACAUGAAAUUAAAACAAAUGACACAAAGAAUCUGAAAGCUAACUCAAAAUUAUCUUUUAAAAUUAAUCAGAAGAAAUUUUCCAAAUUUAAAAGACGAAUUCCGUACCACAAGUAUCAGAAUAAGCGAAAGUGUCAUUCACUUGAUGAUAAAAUUGUUUAUCAGGUUGUCAAUUACAUGUUAGACAUAGUGAGCAAUAAAGAUUUUGAUGAGAAUUCACUUCAUGACUCACAAAGUGCAGCUGAUCAUUUGCCUCCUGAAGUAAAAGAAGCUGUCUUUGAAGAUCUGCCUCACGACCUUAUAGAUGGCAUUUCAAUGCAGGAUGUAUUACCUAAGCUGAUGAUAUAUGAAGAAAUGGGAGCUAUGGAGAAAAGUGAUGGAUUUUAUGGGAAUGAUCCAUCAGUGACAGAAAAAGAAAUUAGUAGUACAGAUGAGGCUAAUCUAGUAAAUAAUCACCAUAUGGGAAAUGCCAAAAAAACUGGUUUUCUAGAAGUGAGUGUGCAAGAUCAAGAUGAUUUGUGCCACAAUAGCACUCUUUCAAAGCAAAAGUCUGCAGAGAAUGCUGGUUUGAGUAAAAAUAAAGAAUCGCGCUUGCCAGAAUGUGUUCACGUAACACUUUCACGAUCACUGCCGUCGGGUGUUUCAUCUACUGCAACUGAGACACCUGCAGAACUCAAGUGCGGAGUCGAUGAGGAGUCUCCGUCGGACAGCAGUAAGGGGAAAGUCACACUCAGAAAGGAAGAAGGGAAGGAAAACAAAUUCCUACCUUGGAACGGCCACCCACAAACACGAUUCCUCCAGUUAGAUGGUACUGUCGAUCCCUUAAGUAGCAGUGGCAGUGAAGGUGGUCAAUCUCCUCGUUCUGAUGAUGAAAAGCUGUCAGACUGUGCUUACGAAGCAAGUUCCUCAUCACUGAGAAGUUGCGGCCAAUGUCAACGUUGCAGUUCAGAUUUUAAUUCUGGAAGUAAUUUUGGAGCUGUUUGUAACUGUAGCUCUAUCUCAAGCCAGGCGCACGGAAAGAGUUGGUGCAAGACAUAUGAUACUGAAGAAGAGUCAGUGUGCUGCUCUCAGUGUCGCUGUACCUACAGGACAAAGAAAAGUUUUGAGCGCCAUUUGUCAACAUGCUGCAAUGAUUUUAUGCUUUCGACAAGUGAAAGUGAUUCAGAAAAUACACGCUCUAGUGAGGAAGAAUGCACCAAAAAGCAGCAGUUUGAUACAACUGAAUCUUGUUGUAAUGUAGGUGAAAGUGUUCUGGGAGAGACUGAUGCCACAGAUUUGUCUGUGCGGAGUGAAAGUGUUGAGUGCUCUGCUGCACCACCUCAGAACUCACCUGUACAGUCACCAGCUCCACAUUCUGCAUUUCUUGGGACAGUACUUCCUCCCACACAGCAAAAUGCGGUUCAUUGUGUUUCUGCAGAGCAGACAAUGAUUGGUUGUACGCCAUCUUUAGACAUGUAUGGGACACAGCCAGGAGGAAUGCAUUUAGCUGGACAGCCUAUGUAUAUUUCAAAUUACGAGACAGUAGUCAGUAAUACAGUUAUGUCUUCAAGCCAACUUGUCUCUGCUGCUCUACCCGGUGUGGUUGCUGCGAGUAGCAGUUUUUCGGCAACUACGACACAAGUGUUUCAGGCUAGCAAAUUAGGAUCUGUAAUUGAAUUAACAUUAGAACCUGUUGUGGAAGUCCAGCCAAGUUACCUUAUUAUUAACCAACAAACUCCUAUUUCAAAUUCUCCUGUUAGAAAUACAGAGUAUGUAAACUGCCCACCUUCGACUGUCAGCAUGCAAGUGCCUUCGUAUGAUCACUCUUUCUUGCCAGUUCAACAAGUGUGCACAGAAGAUCAAGCUGUUCAGUACCCUGAAUCAUCUAGCACGUGUACAUCAGUUACGUUAAAGACAGUUAUGAGAAGUGAGAAUCGCAGGCGAACAAUCCCUGAAGUGACAAAGAUUGUGACACCCAAAUGUGCGAGCACCAGUGUUGAUGUGGCCCCCGAAAUGUCUAGUGUUGAGACUCCUAGGUGUGUGAACAGUGGUGGGCAUAUGUAUUUUGAAAUGUCAAAGGUCAUGACACCCAGAUGCGUGAGCAAUAAUGGUAGCCAGAAUUCUGAAUUUCCAAAGAUCAUGACGCCUAGACGUGUGAGCAGUAGUGUUGGCACAGAUCAUGAAUUUCCAAAGAUCAUGACACCUAGACGUGUGAGCAGUAGUGCUAGCACAGAUCAUGAAUUUCCAAAGGUCAUGACGCCCAGACGUGUGAGCAGUAGUGUUAGCACAGAUCAUGAAUUUCCAAAGAUCAUGGCACCUAGCUGUGUGGGCAGUAGUGUUAGCACAGAUCAUGAAUUUCCAAAGAUCAUGGCACCUAGAUGUGUGAGCACAGAUCAUGAAUUUCCAAAGAUCAUGGCACCUAGAUGUGUGGGCAGUAGUGUUAGCAUAAAUCCUGAAUUUCCAAAGAUCAUAACACCUAAAUGUGUGAGCACUGGUGUGAACACAUCCUUUGAUAUGUCAAAUGAUAAAAAACCUGAAUAUCCAAAGAUAAUGACACCGAGAUGUGCUAGCACAAAACCUGAAUUUCCAAAGAUCAUGACACCAAGAUGUGUUAGCACAAAUUCUGAAUUUCCGAAGAUCAUUACACCUAGACGUGUGACCAACUUCGGUAACGCCGUUUCUGAAUUUCCGAACGAUUCUGAAUUUCCGAAGAUCAUUACACCUAGACGUGUGAGCAAGUUUGCUAACGCCGAUUCUGACUUUCCGAAGAUCAUGACGCCCAGACAUGUGAGCAACUUUGUUAACGAUGAUUCUGAAUUUCCGAAGAUAAUGACACCCAGACGUGUGAGCAACUUUGGUAACGCUGAAUCUAAAUUUCCGAUCGAUUCUGAAUUUCCGAAGAUAAUGACACCCAGGCGCGUAAGCACUGGUGUCAACACGCCCUAUGAUAAAACAAAGAUCAUGAAUCCUAGACUUGGUGUCCACACACGUUUUGAAAUGGCAAGGAUUAUAACACCUAGGUGUGUGACCAGUGGUGUUAACACGAGUCCUCCUGCGUCACCUGUCAGAAAUGCUUGUGACAAAUGUUCAGGCAAGUCACAGUCUGACCGUGAGGACUGCCUUAUCCAAGCAGAGCAGCAGCUGUCUGAAAACAGUGGACAUCAGAUAUUCUGCACAUGUCUGCAAUCUAAUACCACUAUCCUUACAAAGCGUGCAGAAUCAGUGUCAACAAGAAAGAAAAACCAGAUUUGCUGUUCAUGCGUGUAUUGCUAUGCAUUUGAUGUUUGUUGUGCAUGUAAGAAGCGCUGUGAGGCAGCAAUAGUAGGACAAGUGCUGACGCAUGUAGUAAUGGAAGACGGGGCUCUCAGUUUGAAUCAAAAAUCUUCGGAUAUUCCAGCACAUCUGACAAAUAAUCCUAGUGAAUUGUGGGUAAUCGAUAGAGAACCUGACCACAGUCUAGAAGUUAGCACAGAAUAUAAUGAACCAAAAUGUAUUGCUAAUUUGCUGAAUCAAGCAAUUAGCUAUAACCACAAUCCUUCCUCUAAAGAUCAACUUUGCAAUAAUGAUAUGUCCACAUUCAAUACAUCAGCACCUACAGUCAUCAGUAGACUCCCUGGACACAAAGUAACAGAAUCUCCCUGCAGGAGGGAAACACUGUCACAUGGAAAAUACAAAAGAUUGGCUACUAGACAAACCAGUCCAGUUAAUGAUAAUUCAGUUGAAGAGCCAGAUAAAGAAGGGAACGGCAGGUCAGUGUUACACAUUACUGACGCAAUCCCACCCUCGAAAACAGUUGUAAACAGACAUAAUAAUAUCAAAGUUAAAGCUAGUAAUUUAUCUGACAAAUUGUCUUCAUCAAAACCUAUUUUGCAAAAGCAGGGAAAGUUCAGUACAUCUCUAACAAAUGAUGAAAGCCGUAUUUUGAAACUGCAGAAUGUUAAGUAUGUUGAUGUCACAGAAAGUGAUACCUUUGCAGAAGCUGUACUUGUGAACAGAGAUAAGGAGGAGGAGGAUGUAGAGUGUACCUCUGGAAUCAGCUUGGACCGUUUUCCAAAAAGAACACCUUCAUCAGAAUGUAACACUUCUGUCAGCAGCCCACAAUAUGAUGAACAGAAUGUGGCACGGCUGUACACUCAGAAAAAUUGUCCAGAAGAGAGGAAAUCCUUUUUCACAUGCAACACUGUUCCACAAGUAAAUUCUGAUGUGUCUGUAUAUAGCAGUGACACUGAAAAAGAAAGAGCAGCAUCUUCAUUGACAAAAGAUGACUGUGAUGGCAAUAAUGCUGGUGAUGCUUAUAGCGGAUUUGGACCUCCAAGUGACUGUAAUAUUUGUGGCAGUAUUGAGAAAGACAGUAGGCCAGAUAUACGUGAUUUGACUACUGAAAAGAAUGUCGAUGACACUGGUACUACCGGUUACAAUGAUGAAGAGGAUGACGAUACUGAAUGUUGUAAAGAUGACGACGAGGAGGAAGAGGAAGAAAAUGGUGACAAUGAUUGUGACGAAGGUGACGAGGAUGAGAAUGAAGAUGAUAGCGGUGACGAGGAUGAUAAUGGUGGUGAUGACAGUAGGGACACGUCUCUAGUAUACUGUAAUGGAGAAAAUUCUGAAGAAAAAUCAUCUUAUAUUAUGUAUGAAAUCUGUUCUCAAGAUGGUUUUUGUUGCACUUCAAAAUCGUUUAGUGAGGCAUGGCAGAAAGUGUUUGACGCUGUUCAGAAUGCUCGAAUUGUGAACAAAAUGCCACCACUACCACUGAAUCCAUUUAGUUUGACGCAGAAAAGUUUACAGAUUCUCGGCUUGAAGCAUAAUGCUGUUAGAUAUCUCGUUGAACAAUUACCAGGAGUUGGUCGAUGUGUAAAAUACAAACCUCGUUACCACAAACAACGGACAUUACGACCAGAGGAUGACUUGGACACUUUGCCACCUCCUAAUAAAAGUGGAUGCAUUAGAACUGAACCUUUUAAAUCUCGAAGACCUUAUGACAUGUUCAGUUGGCUGGCCUCCAGCCACAGGAAUCCUCCGAAAUUUGUUCAACAAAAUGACAGCAAGUUAAUAAGUAACAGGCGUGCAACGAGCUCCAACCUGCCAAUGGCUAUGCGUUUCCGGAAUUUGAAACGAGCAAAUCCAAACAAAGCUGUUGGUGUUUACCAGUCGCAUAUUCAUGGAAGAGGACUGUUUUGUCUGAGAGAUAUUGAAUCUGGUGAGAUGGUUAUAGAGUAUGCAGGUGAAGUCAUUCGUUCAACUCUUACAGAGAAGAGGGAGAAAUUGUAUGAAUCAAAAGGCAUUGGUUGCUACAUGUUUAGAAUUGAUGAUCAGUUAGUGGUGGAUGCUACUAUGCGUGGCAAUGCAGCAAGGUUCAUCAAUCAUUCCUGUGAUCCCAACUGCUAUUCUCGGGUGGUGGACAUACUGGGGAAGAAACAUAUUUUAAUAUUUGCACUUCGUAGGAUUCCACAAGGAGAAGAACUGACAUAUGAUUACAAAUUUCCUUUUGAGGAUGUAAAAAUACCAUGUACCUGUGGUUCGCGAAAGUGCCGCAAAUAUCUAAACUGAAAUUCUCGUUUUGUGUAUAUGUAGAUAUGUGUGUGUGUGUGUGUGUGUGUGUGUGUGUGUGUGUGUUUGCUCUCGCGCUCACCCGUGCAUCAAUAUGAGCGUGUGGCUUGAAGACGAGAACAAAUCUCAUAACAAUUUUUCAUGUGCAAGGUGUAUGUAAAAGUGGUGACCAAAUAUACUCUUGUGAUAAAAAUUAUUGUAAAAGUGUAGUUCUUAAAGUAUUAUAUUUUAAAAUAUGAACUUUCAAGUGUGUUGUUGGAGGAAAUUUUUGGAAUAUUUUUGAGCUGUGAAAUGUGAUAGAUAUCCAAUGUGACAUUCAUUUUCAGUUCUUUGUUUAAUUUUCCUGUGGUUUUUUAAGUAACUGUAUUCUGAUAUAUAAUUUUGUAUGUUCUGUGUUAAUUGUGAUACUUGUGUAGGUCUGAGUUCCAGUGCAUGUGGGUAUGAACAUAAGUUUUAUUGCCCAGGCUGAAAACUUUGCAUGAACAGGGCAAAUUAUGGCAGACCUCUCCAUAUUUUUAUUUUGCUAAUGCAUUUUCCUGUUAGUC